CCUACACCUGUUGGGCCCGGUGUGAAGCGGUUCCGACCUCAGCCUUCCAGCUUCGACGCAGAGGAAGCGACUACCCCCACGGCGUCAAUCUUUGACCGUCAACGAAGAGACCGUAGAAGGCUGAAGCGAGACACCUGUUCCCGCUUCGACGCAUAGAGGAAGCUACUAUCGUCCGCGUCGAUCGUUGACGGCUUCCAUAUCCAUAUCCCCAUUCCAGAGUAUGAAUUAUGAAGCACUGAACCCCAGCAAGCGGAUUGUUAAGCUCUAUCAGUGCCGAACCCAUUGAGAUUACCAAGUUGUUAAUUGUUAUCCGGUCAAUAGAACCCGCGUUUUUGAAAGAUUAUCUGACCCUACUUGACCCGUCCCACCCUAGCUAAUACUUUGCAGUUUAGCUGAAAAAGAUGGGGAAGAAGAUACAGAAGCAUUGCGUGGAGGAUUUCAACACCUUGAUAUGUCAAAUGAAGAAGCAAGAGAAGGAGCUUAGGCUCAAAAGAAGGUGGUUAUUGGGUAUAACUUUAUCACGAUCAGAGAUGAGUCGACUAGAGUUGCUUCUUCCACCACAGGACAAGUUUGUACCUGAAUCAGUGCUUAGAGAAGAUGAUUUAAGUUAUGAGAGCAUCAAAACAUUUGUUGAAGAGACACUCGGAAUGCUUAAAGAGACUGAAAGGAAAAAUUAUGUGACUGAAGAAGAAAUACGACUCUUUGACUCACCAGACAAGGAUACAAUAAAGUAUAUCAUCUCCUUGCUAGAUGAAAUGACCAACAAAGAGCUAUUCUCUCUUACCAAGAUUUUGACAAAUGGCUCUGUUCACUUCCUCAAAACAAAAAAGAAGAUGAAAAAUAUUAUCCAAGAGUUUCUACCUAGACUUUUUGAAUCUCAUGAUGACCAAAGCCGAAUCAAAUUGACGCAAGUCAAACAACUCCUUACAAAUCCAACCCAGUCAUUCCGUACUGCUAUUAUCGAUGUCCUUUCUAGGCUUGAGGAACUCUCUUUUGUCACACUAGUUGCAAUGCAUCGAAAUCUCAGAGGGGUCAAGGGAUUCACUCCAAAAUCACAACACAAUAAGCCUGGCAGGUCUCUUGAGAGCUUGAUUAAACAAAUAAGGAAAAUAUCAAUGAAAUUGUUGCAAAAAUUCAGGGAUGGAGACGAACCACCAAGGCCCUUGGUAAAAGCUUUAUCAGUUGCAUACUUGGUGUUAAACCCAGAAUUGAGAAAUGUUUUCUCUAAUGUUUCACCUGAUAUAGAGAAGCUACAAACUGAUAUUAUGAGUGCUAUUAAAUUGGUCAAAGCUAAAAGGAAAGUGAGCCGCAUAGAAUUGGAAAAAUGCAUACUUAUGCUCGACCCGGAGUUUAAACAAAAAGCACCAGAAAAAAGUUUUCGUGCGCGUAUUGUACUGAAGAAUUUGUUGACUGCAUAUCUUUUAGAGUGCUGCAAUAUGGACACUAUACCAGAACGUUUGCUAGAAACAGUUAGAUUUAUUAUUGAUAUAUCUGAGAAGAAAAGCGCAUCCUGCACUGGCAAAACUAGUGGACGGGCGACCAGAGCCCUGGCCUGGUCUCAUCCUAAAUGUGGAGCCUUGUCUACGCCCAUGCCAACCUGCAGAACCUUUUCAGACGAGGAGGUACAGGAAGAAGUACACCUGUUGCUGAAUUUGAGUGCUCAGGCUAAGCAGAUAGUGUGGAAUUUUCUUCCAGAAAAUAAAUUUGACAAAGAUUUUGCUGAUGCAUACAUGGAUGAUGAUUAUGUUGAAGAGUGUUGUUAUGAUGGAGCAGGAGGCGGCUCUGAGUUUCAAGACUCCAUCUCAGGUCGUACUAGAUAUUAUAGUAAUAAUAACAUUGAUGAUAUAAAUUGCCAAUCAGAAAGUGUUGGUGAGACCAUCCCGGUUGAUGAUCCCAAAUCACCAGUCUCUUCAAGCCCUGCUGAAGUUCAUUCUCAUAAUUCAAGGUUGUCAAGCGCUGAUGCACUUUCCAAAAUUUCGUCUUGUAAUGGAGGUUCAGAAAAAUAUGAUGAUGAUGUGUUGAUGGAGAAUGCAUACCUCACUAUCCAAGAAGCGUGUGAUGAAACAAGCAUGUUUGCGUAUUCAUUUGUUGGCCAUGUGUUGAAUGGAUUGGACAAAUUAGAGAUGGCCCUUCAUGCUAAUGCAUCAGAUCCCACGAGGACUAUGUGUGAAGAUGGUGUGGGUUCCGUUGUGAUGAAUGCACUUGAACUUCUAGCGCCUUCAUUUCCUAUCAGAGGCAAAGAGGAAUUGAGAGUGUUCAUGGGUCUAUAGGGAAGGGAGGGUGGGAAAGAAUCAAUCGCCCAUGCAGAAGCAGGAAGCAGAGAAAAAGUUAUAUUCAAGUUGGUCUUUUUAGUUAUCAUCUUGUGAUUGUGAUUAGGGGUGUGCACCGGUCCAAAACCGGACCGGACCGGACCGGACCGGAACCGGUUAGGACCGGAACCGGAAUCAUCAUUUUCUAUGGACCGAAGACCGGACCUGAAUCUAACCGGUCCGGACCGGUCCGGACCUGAAUUUUCCGGUCCGGUCCGGGUUUGACCCUAAUUGACCCGGUUUUAAAAAAAGACAUACGGAGUAUUAUCUUAGAGUGUUCUUUGUCGACCCCAAAUUUUUUAGGAAUAAGACUUGGAUGUUGUUGUUUCAAACUAUAAUUUUAUAUGCGGAUAUGCUAAAUAGACUAAAUAAUUGUUUAGCUCAUUUAUUAAUUUUGGAAUAUAGUCAUCAAAACUAUUCAAUCGUAACAAUUAGUAUCCCACAAUAAUUAAAACUACAAUCUUCUGUGUAUUAAAUUGGCAAAAUUUAUUGUGGGGUAAUAAAAACUAAAUUACGUCCAAAAAUAUACUACAUAUAAAAUACAUACACACCUGCAAAUAAAGAAACAAAUAAAAAGCGAUUUGGAAAAAUCAAACAAAUAUAAACUACGAUCAAUAAAAAACUUAGGACCUGCUACAUAAAAAAAAAUUAUAAACAACUUAGGAAAUAAUUAGACACCAAAUACACACUCCGUAUAUAUUCGUUUAUAUAACAAAAGGCAAAAAUAAGCCAUAAACAUAGUAGUAAGCCAAAUAUAAAUUGACUAAUGAUUCAAAACGAAGUAUAUAUUUUAUGGAACAAUCGGUUACCGGUCUAUUCCGGUCCGGACCUGUUUUUUCCGGGUUUGACCCGGACCGGACCGGAAACCCGGAAUCUUGAAAAACUAAGGACCGAAACCCGGACCGGUUAAUACCGGUCCGGUCCGGACCGGGUCAAUCCGGUCCGGUUCAGGUCUAAAAUACGGUCCGACCCGGUUAAUGCACAGCCCUAAUUGUGAUUGAUUGGGAAGAAAGCUAUAUUUUGAUCUUAUCAAAGGCAAUUUUUUCUAUGUUUAAGUCUUAGCCUAUUUGCUAACAUUGAUUCUAUUGGCAAUUAAUGAAGUUCUAGCUGAAUUGACUGGAUUGGCCGUUUAUGCUCAUUCAUGA